AUGAAUUCUGAAAUAUUCCUAUAUAUUAAUGAAGCACAACUUGAUGAUGAUGAGACUCACCUUCUUUCCAACCCUCCUUGUGAACUCUAUACACAAAUCACGGAAUUUAUUUCGCCUAAUCCUAAUAAUAUCAAUCAUUUAGGUACCCCAAAACCUCAAAACCCUUAUAUAUUAUACCGUAAAAACAAUGUUGUAAAACAUAAAUCACUUGGGAGUAAAAAGGAUUGGGAAACUCUUUCAAAGGAAACUGGUGGUUCCUGGAAAAAUGAAUCGAACAAAGUAAGAAGUUACUUUAAAGUGUUGGCAAAACUAGCUUUUGAAAAACAUAAAUCAAUCUAUUACAGUAAAUGCAACAAUCCAUUACCAAAUGACUAUAUUUUCAUUACACAACAACCAGUACAACAACCACAAAAAAAAAUUUCUUAUAAUAACGAUUGUGCAGUCUCAGUUUCAUCACAUUCUCCAUACACUCCUUUUCCUUACGCAAAUAAUAGUCCAAGCUCAACAUCUUCUACGUUUUUUAAUUCACAAUCUACUUCGUCUCAUUUUAUGGAUCAACAUCUACAAAAUCAAGACAAUAAGAAUAACGAUGAUGUGGCCUUAAAAUUACCUUAUCCGCACCAUUCUUCUUUUUCUUGUACAAAUAAUAAUCCAAGCUCACCAUCUUCUACGUUUUUUAAUUCACAUUCUACUUCGUCUCAUUUUAUGGGUCAACAUCUACAAAAUCAAGACAAUAAGAAUAACGAUAGUGUGGCCUUAAAAUUACCUUAUCCGCACCAUUCUUCUUUUUCUUACACAAACAAUAAUCCAAGCUCGCUAUCUUCUACGUUUUUUAAUUCACAUUCCACUUCGUCUCAUUUUAUGGUCCAACAUCUACAAAACCAAGAUAAUAAGAAUAACGAUUGUGUGGCCUUAAAAUCACCUUAUCCGCACCAUUCUUGUACAAAUGAUAAUCCAAGCUCACUAUCUUCUACGUUUUCCCCCAAAUGUUCUGCUUUCUCUGAUUUUAAUCCUCUCCCUGUCAAUAAUAACAACAUUAUAAAUAAGACUGAUGAUGUCCAACCCACCCGAUUUAACGCUAGUGCAAAUUUAAAUAGUGAAAAUAUUCUAGAAAGGUUUCAACAAUUUCUGCAAGAUGAACAAACUGACAAACCAUCAAGUGGCGUGGAUUAUUGGCAUUUAUUGGACGUUUUUUGUCGCAGGAUGGAUAAUAAAUAA